AUGAGAACAGCUAAAACCGAAGCUGGCUCACCUGUGCCAGCUGCCUGUCCAUCUUCAGCGUUUGGAGGCAGUGGUGCAUGCCAGGGGAAGCGUAUCAGUGCAGACCUAGUGUUCAGUGAUACCUCCUCAGCAUUCUGUCGCUGGCUGCCGGGAUACCCACCUGGGUGCCGCAGCAAGCGCGUGCCGAUGGAACGAUACCAUUGUGAUUUGGGAGGGAUUCAUUAUUGUGUGUUUCUAUUUCUGACAGAAUGCAAAGUCUGGCGAAAUCCUUUAAAUCUGUUCAGAGGAGCUGAAUAUAAUCGGUAUACAUGGGUAACAGGGAGAGAACCUUUGACUUACUACGAUAUGAAUCUUUCAGCACAGGACCAUCAGACAUUCUUUACAUGUGACACAGAUCAUUUGCGGCCUGCAGACGCUAUAAUGCAAAAAGCCUGGAGAGAGAGAAAUCCCCAAGCCCGAAUUUCUGCAGCACAUGAAGCUUUGGAAUUGAAUGAGUGUGCUACUGCCUAUAUUCUCUUGGCCGAAGAGGAAGCAACAACGAUUGUAGAAGCAGAGAAGCUGUUCAAGCAAGCUCUAAAAGCCGGAGAGGGCUGUUACAGGCGCAGUCAGCAGUUACAGCACCAUGGUGCGCAGUAUGAAGCCCAACACAGAAGGGACACCAAUGUGUUAGUUUAUAUUAAGAGGAGGCUGGCAAUGUGUGCAAGAAAGCUGGGAAGGACCAGGGAAGCAGUGAAAAUGAUGAGAGAUUUGAUGAAGGAGUUUCCUCUGCUCAGCAUGUUCAACAUCCACGAAAACCUGCUAGAGGCUUUGUUGGAACUGCAAGCCUAUGCAGAUGUCCAGGCAGUCCUAGCAAAGUAUGAUGAUAUAAGCUUACCAAAAUCAGCAACAAUAUGUUACACAGCUGCAUUGCUCAAAGCCAGAGCUGUCUCUGACAAAUUUUCUCCAGAGGCUGCCUCAAGGCGAGGGCUGAGUACUGCAGAGAUGAAUGCAGUAGAAGCUAUUCACAGAGCAGUAGAAUUUAAUCCACAUGUGCCAAAAUAUCUACUAGAAAUGAAGAGCUUAAUUCUGCCCCCUGAACAUAUUCUGAAGAGAGGGGACAGUGAAGCAAUAGCAUAUGCUUUCUUUCAUCUUCAACACUGGAAAAGAGUAGAGGGGGCAUUGAAUCUCUUACACUGUACAUGGGAAGGCACUUUCAGAAUGAUCCCCUAUCCACUGGAAAAAGGACAUCUUUUCUACCCUUACCCUAUUUGUACAGAAACUGCAGAUAGAGAACUACUACCAUCAUUUCAUGAAGUUUCAGUUUACCCCAAGAAAGAGCUUCCCUUCUUCAUCCUCUUCACUGCUGGACUAUGUUCUUUCACAGCCAUGCUAGCCCUCCUGACACAUCAGUUCCCAGAGCUUAUGGGGGUCUUCGCAAAAGCUUUUCUCAGCACCCUCUUUGCCCCUUUAAAUUUUGUGAUGGAAAAAGUAGAAAGUAUCCUGCCCUCCAGCCUGUGGCACCAGCUGACGAGGAUCUGAGGGAGCACGCCCGCUGACUGACUGCCAUGACAUCUUCUGCGCCAACUUUUUGUUGACCACAAGAAAGCAUGAUAAAAAAGGGAAGCAGUUCUAAGACUUAAAAACUCUUCAUGGAUUGUCUGUUCUCAUAUAAAAACUGUUUUGUUGUACAAAAUACAUUGAUGUUAGGUUCUAUUAUAUUUUGCCUUCAGAAAAGAAAAACUUAAAAAUAAACUUUUUGUGUAUUG